GGCUUGACCGCGCCCUUCAACAGCCAAAGAUCUCCUCUCCAUAGUUACGGAGGAAGACCAGAGACGGUGUAUGGUAUGGAGAGGAGGAGGUGGGAGAGAAGAAGGGACAACAGGGCCGACCAUCUGGCGGCUGUUCUCCGGAAAUCAUGGUACCGGCUGCGGCUGUCGGUGCGCCACCCGGCGCGGGUGCCCACCUGGGACGCCAUCGUCCUCACGGCCGCCAGCCCCGAGCAGGCUGCCCUCUACGACUGGCAGCUCCGCCGGGCCAAGCGCAUGGGCCGCAUCGCCCCCUCCACCCUCACCCUCGCCGUACCCGACCCCGACGGCGCCCGCAUCGGCUCCGGCGCCGCCACCAUCCACGCCAUCUCCACCCUCGCUCGCCACCUCCUACACGAGGUGCCAAAUGACAACACAGGGAGUUUACCAUCUUCAGUAAAUGUCUGGUCCAGCAAUGAUACCUCUCUCAUAUCUGUGGUAAACUUUAUGUCCAAAAGGCAUAUACUAUUACUUCAUGCUGGAGGCGAUUCUAAAAGGGUUCCAUGGGCAAACCCAAUGGGGAAAGCGUUCCUACCACUGCCAUACAUGGCAGCAGAUAACCCGGAUGGGCCUGUUCCAUUGCUUUUUGACCAUAUACUGGCAAUUUCUUCUUGUGCAAGGCAAGCUUUUAAGAAUGAAGGUGGGAUCUUCAUAAUGACUGGAGAUGUUCUCCCUUGCUUUGAUGCCACCACCAUGAUUCUUCCUGACGAUGCUUGCUGCAUUAUCACUGUCCCAAUUACCCUGGAUAUAGCUACUAAUCAUGGCGUUGUUGUGGCAGCAAAAGAUGGAAUUGCAAGUGAGAAAUAUUCACUUUGUUUGGUUGAUAAUCUUCUACAAAAACCAACAAUGGAAGAGCUUUUGGAGAGCCAGGCUAUCCAGCAUGAUGGUAGAGCUCUACUAGAUACAGGAAUAAUAGCAAUGAGAGGCAAAGCAUGGGUGGAGCUAGUCAAGCUUGCGUGUUCUUCAAGUCAAACAAUGAUACUGGAGCUCAUCAAUAGCAGAAAAGAGAUGAGUUUAUAUGAAGAUCUAGUUGCAGCAUUUGUGCCAGCAAAACAUGAAUGGUUGAAGCUGCGUCCUUUAGGAAAAGAACUGGCCAGUGCAUUGGGGAGUCAGAAAAUGUUCAGCUUUUGUGCUUAUGACUUGUCCUUCCUACAUUUUGGGACAUCUAGUGAAGUUCUGGAUCAUUUAGGAGGCUCUAAUUCAGGAAUAGUUGGUCGAAGGCACCUGUGUUCUAUACCAGAAACUACUGUUUGUGAUAUUGCAGCAUCUGCUGUUAUUCUUUCCAGCAAAAUUUCACCAGGAGUUUCAAUUGGAGAGGAUUGUUUGGUUUAUGACUCAUCACUAUCAGGUAGAGUACAGAUUGGUUCCCAAUCCAUUGUUGUUGGAGUUAACAUUGAUGGAUUAAAUGAAUGUGAGCGAACAGGCAAUUCAUUUCGGUUUCUUUUGCCUGAUCGUCAUUGUCUCUGGCAAGUUCCCUUAGUAGGGUGCAUGGGUAGAAUUAUCAUUUAUUGUGGGCUCCAGGAUAACCCAAAAAAUUCAAUUGAAAAGGGUGGGACAUUUUGUGGGAGACCAUGGAGAAAGGUCUUGCAUGAUCUGAAAGUUCAAGAAAGUGAUUUAUGGGGUUUCCCAGCCACCCAAGAGAAAUGCUUAUGGAAUGCAAAGUUAUUCCCCAUCCUGUCUCCUUCUGAAAUGCUUAAUCUAGGAAUGUGGCUUAUGGGUUCAACUAAUAGCAACUGCGAAAACUUGCUCUUCAUGUGGAGAACUUCAAAUCGUGUGAGUUUAGAGGAGUUGCACCGGUCGAUAGAUUUUCCUCAGAUGUGCAUUGGCUCUAGUAAUCAUCAAGCAGAUCUUGCAGCUGGAAUUGCUAGAGCUUGCAUUAACUAUGGUUUGCUUGGACGUGACUUGUCUCAGUUGUGUGAGGAAAUUUUACAAAAGGAUAUUUUAGGAAUUGGGACAUGCAAAGAAUUUCUUUCACUCUGUGCCAGUCUCCAGGAUCAGAAUCAUGUUGUUCUUCCUCAAAGCAGAGCAUACCAGGUACAAGUUGAUCUUCUUAGGGCAUGUGGAGAUGAUCCAGCUGCUUGCAUAGUGGAGCAGAAAGUAUGGGAUGCAGUUGCUAGCGAGACUGCUUCAGCAGUAAAAUAUGGAACUGCAGAUCAUGUGUUUGGCUCAACUGGUGGGGUGAUUACUUCAUCAAAGCUUACCAAAAGUCUUGAGAGAGCUCCUUUUCAGCCAAAAAGAGCAACUAUUGAAUUACCAGUGCGGGUUGAUUUUGUGGGUGGUUGGAGUGAUACACCUCCUUGGAGCUUGGAGCGUCCAGGUUGUGUUUUGAAUAUGGCAAUAAAUUUGGAAGGAUCCCUUCCAAAAACUGUGAUCGAGACAACAGAAAACUUUGGCAUUCUAAUUGAGGAUGAUGCUGAAAAUCAUGUUUAUAUUGAGAAUCCUAUCUCAAUUUCUCCACCAUUCAAUGAAGAGGAUCCAUUCCGACUUGUAAAAUCUGCACUUCACGUGACUGGCAUCAUUUAUCACAAAAUUUUGUCAAAUUCAGGCUUACGAAUCAGGACGUGGGCAAAUGUUCCACGUGGAAGUGGUCUGGGAACUUCCAGCAUAUUGGCUGCAGCUGUGGUGAAGGGAAUUCUGCAUCUCAUGGAAGAAGAUGAAAGUAAUGAGACCGUUGCUAGAAUUGUUUUGGUGUUAGAACAAAUAAUGGGCACAGGAGGAGGCUGGCAAGAUCAAAUUGGAGGCUUGUACCCUGGCAUUAAAUGCACUUACAGUUUUCCAGGACAGCCAUUGCGGUUGCAAGUGAUUCCACUUGUAGCUUCACCGAAAUUAGUGAUGGAGUUAGAGCAGCGUCUUCUGGUUGUUUUCACUGGCCAAGUGAGGCUUGCUCACCAAGUUUUGCAGAAGGUGGUAGCUCGGUAUCUCCGCCGAGAUAAUCUGUUAAUAUCCAGCAUUAAACGUCUUGUAGAAUUGUCCAAGAUUGGGAGGGAAGCUCUGAUGAAUGGUGAGAUAGAGGAACUGGGUGACAUAAUGCUGGAGGCUUGGAGGCUGCACCAGGAAUUGGACCCUUUCUGCAGCAACGAGUUUGUGGACAAGCUCUUUGCCUUCGCUGAAUCCUACUGCAGCGGCUACAAGCUGGUGGGUGCUGGCGGAGGUGGUUUUGCAUUGCUACUUGCCAAGGACCGUCAUUGUGCACAAGAGCUAACACAAGCACUUGAAAAAUCUUCAGAUCUUGAUGUGAAGGUGUACAAAUGGAGCAUCAAUUUAUCCUAGUAUCAGCUUCUCAGUAUUUUCUGUAUUCAUUUAUUUGUUUCGCUGGAAGUACGUGCUUUUGUAGCCCAGAGAAUAAAACUUGCAAGAUCCCAGCUGAAUAAGAUGCGAUGCUCCAUAAAACUAUCAACUUGCA